UGGAAGGUGGAGUUAGGGUUUUUGAGGUCUAUUUAUUGCACCUCUGAGAUUUAUAGCUUUCAAUGUUCUUUUCCCCGUUGAAAAAAUAUUUUCGCUAGAUUCUUUAAUCCAUUAAGAUAUCAUGGGCAAAGGUCCAGGUCUCUACACUGAAAUCGGCAAGAAAGCCAGAGACCUUCUGUACAAGGAUUAUCAGACUGACCACAAGUUCACUCUCACCACCAGCUCUCCAACUGGAGUUGCUAUUACCUCUGCCGGAACAAAGAAAGGCGAACUCUUUUUGGCUGAUGUUAACACCCAGCUGAAGAAUAAGAAUGUCACAACUGAUAUUAAAGUGGAUACCUACUCCAAUCUGUAUACCACCAUAACCGUUGAUCAACCUGCACCCGGGCUGAAAGCAAUCUUUAGCUUCAGAGUCCCUGAUCAGAGGUCUGGCAAGGUUGAACUCCAGUAUUUGCAUGAAUACGCAGGGAUAAGCUCAAGCAUUGGAUUAACUGCAAACCCUAUAGUUAACCUUUCAGGUGUGAUUGGAACUAAUGUUCUUGCACUGGGAACUGAUCUCUCGUUUGACACAAAGACUGGGAAUUUCACAAAAUGCAAUGCCGGUUUGAGCUUCUCCAAUGUGGAUCUCAUUGCAUCGUUGACUCUGAACGAAAAGGGUGACUCUCUUAACGCGUCAUACUAUCAUAUAGUGAAUCCCAUGACUAACACUGCUGUUGGUGCCGAGGUGACCCAUAGCUUCUCUACCAAUGAAAACACCAUCACCAUCGGUACACAACAUGCAUUGGAUCCAUUGACGAUGGUGAAGGCACGGGUGAACAACGCUGGGAAUGCAAGCGCACUAAUCCAGCACGAGUGGCGCCCCAGAUCCCUCUUUACCAUUUCUGGGGAGGUGGAUACCAAGUCCAUUGACAAGAGUGCCAAGGUUGGACUUGCUUUGGCACUCAAGCCUUGAGCUUUAUAAGAGCUCCAUCUUGGAAGAGUAAGGCAAGGUAAGCUUAGAAUUUUGAAAUGUAAUCUGUUGACACUUUUUCAUGGCGUUGCCAUAGACACUUAUGUCAGUGGUCCUUUUUUUUCUUUUUGGCUUAAAAUAAGAAGAAAACAGAACAAAAAGGAAAAGAAAUGGCAUGUUGGCUUCUUUUUGAACAUCCCCUGUUUAACUGAUAUUCAGUAUUUCUUUA